AUGAAGACGGAGAUGUCGUCAACGAUAACGGCACAGUCCCCGUCAAGCACAGACGCUUCGCAGGCGUCCGGUCUCAGCUCUGAUGCCUGCACGACGCGAGACGUCGCGCACCAGCAGACGCCGGUCAGUUUUCCACUGGCGCAAGUGCUUCUGGAUGCCAACGCGCCCGCUGUUGGCGUGGACGUGCACGGCUGCGUUACAGUGUGGAACAAGCGGCUGGUGGACAUCACGGGCUUUGACGCUGAACGCGUAGUGGGUCGUCCGCUCUCGGACUUCAUUUAUGGCGUCCAGCGCAAGAGCGAGAUCUUGGAGAUUCUCGAGGCCUGUGUGGCAGCCAAGAGGCCGAAGCUGGAGCUGCGGCUGCCGCUGCUUACGACCACGGGACGGAACGCACAAGUGCUGAUCAACAUGACGCCGUUGCUGGCGGAAGACGGCUCAUGUGUCGGCGUCUACGGCGUCGGUCAAGACGUGACAGAGUGGGCGAGCCGAGAGAAACAGUACGCGACAGUGAUGAUGCAGGCCAAUGCGCCAAUCAUUGAACUGGAUAAAGAAGGCAAUAUCACAGUGUGGAACUCCAAGACGGCGUCCAUGACGGGGUACGCUAGUGUCGACAUGGUGGGCGAACCGCUGCUGCCUGUCGUGGACGAGAGUUUCCGCAAGAUUGUGUCGGAGAAGAUCAACCAAGCGCUGACAGGCACCCCUGGAGUAGAUUUUGAACUGCCGCUGGUGACAGCGAGAGGAUCGAGAGUGGAGAUUGUAUUGUGCCUGACGCCGAGGUUUGACACUCUGGGAUCAGUCAUGGGUGUUGUUGCCAUUGGACAGGAUGUGACUGAGAGAAACACGAAAGAGAUGGAGUACAGAAAACUUAUUGAGACGGCAAAUGCACCGAUCUUUGGCGUCGAUACGAAAGGGCGAGUGGUGAUUUUCAAUGCCAAGGCGGCGCAGAUUAGUGAGUACGCGCCGGAAGAGGUAAUGGGCGUCGAUCUAGUUGACACGCUGAUUUCGGAAGAGUUUCGGCCUGCAGUUGCUGCUGUUUUUCAUAGCGCCUUUCAGGGAACGGAAACCGCAAACUUUGAGUUUCCAUUGGUGACCAAAACUGGUCGAAAAGUAGAGAUUCUGCUGAACGCGACACCUCGAUAUGAUCACACAGGCAAACUAGUGGGUGUCGUUGGGAUUGGACAGGACAUCACGGAUCGUAUUAUUCAGGAGAAGGAGUACAGUCGAUUAAUUGACACAGCCAAUGCUCCAAUUUUUGGUGUGGACUCGAACUAUAAGGUGAUAAUCUGGAAUAAGAAAGCAGCAGCUAUUACAGAAUACACAAAUGAAGAUACAAUUGGUCAGGAUCUGUUCAAGUUCAUAUCUGAAGACUACCGGGAUGCCGUUGCUGAGGUUUUUCUAAAAGCCCUUGAAGGAACAGGCACCGCAAAUUUUGAUUUUCCACUGAUCACGAAAAGUGGGCGUCGGCUAGAAAUUUUGCUGAAUGCGACGCCAAAGUACGAUCAUUUCGGUAACAUUAGUGGAGCCGUGGGAAUCGGACAGGACAUCACCGACAGACGCGCUCAAGAGCAAGAGUAUACGCGUCUUAUUGAUACAGCCAACGCGCCAAUUUUUGGCGUAGAUGGAAAGGGAUGUGUGAACAUCUGGAAUCGAAAAGCAGCUGACACCACACAAUACUCAAACGAAGAGGUACUCGGGGUCAACUUAGUGGAAAACUUUAUUCCGCAUGAUUUUCAGGAGGUGGUGUGGGCGGUGCUCUCACAAGCGCUGAUGGGACAGGAAACGGCGAAUUUUGAGUUCCCACUGAUCACGAAGGGAGGUCGUCGCGUAGAAAUUCUGUUGAACGCCACUCCGCGUUUCAAUGAAAAAGGUGUUGUGAUUGGUGUCGUAGGUAUUGGACAGGACAUCACCGUUCGUAUGGCCCAGGAAAAAGAAACAAAUCGGCUUAUCCACUCAGCAAACGCUCCGAUAUUCGGUGUGGAUCAAGACGGGCGGGUGAAUAUCUGGAAUCUAAAGGUAGCGGAAAUCACCCAGUUUUCUUCCGAAGAAGUCAUGGGAAAAGACCUGGUAAAUCGAUUUGUUGCCGACGAUCAUCGCGAGUCGGUAGGGCUACUAUUACGGAAGGCCCUCCAAGGUGAACCCACUGGAAACUUUGACUUUCCGCUUAUAACGAAGACUGGGCGCCGAGUUGAGAUUUUACUAAAUGCUACACCUCGCUACGACGAGCUGGGACAGAUCUUUGGUGUUACGGGAAUUGGCCAAGACAUAACUGAGCGUAUUGCCCAGGAGCAGGAGUACAUCCGCUUGAUUGACACAGCAAACGCUCCUAUAUUUGGUGUGGAUAGUGAAGGUCGUGUAAAUAUAUGGAACAAGAAAGCCGCAGCGAUCAUGCAGUAUACGGCCGAUGCAGUGAUGGGAGAGAAACUUGUGGAAAAGUAUAUCACGAAAGAUUACCAAGAGGCUGUAAAUAAUGUGCUAUCUGAGGCUCUGAAAGGCGUUGAGACGGCAAACUUCGAGUUCCCUUUGAUCACGAAGGCUGGCCGACGUGUGGAGAUCCUGCUAAAUGCGACGCCCCGAUACAAUGAGCAUGGCGUUGUUAUAGGCAUGGUUGGUAUUGGUCAAGAUAUUACAGAACGUAUUGCCCAGGAACAAGAGUACACGCGUUUGAUCGAUACUGCGAAUGCCCCUAUCUUCGGUGUCGAUAUUAACGGACGGGUGAACAUCUGGAAUCGCAAGGCUGCUGACAUCAUGCAGUACACGAAUGAGGACGUGCUAGGCAAGGACCUGGUAGCCGAGUUCAUCUCCGAGGAGUACAAAGUGCCCGUGCGGCGUGUGUUGGAGAAGGCGUUCGAAGGAGUGGAGACCGCAAACUUCGAGUUCCCAUUGAUCACGAAGGCUGGUCGACGUGUGGAGAUCCUGCUGAAUGCGACGCCUCGCUACAAUGAACGUGGCGAGGUCAUGGGUAUGGUUGGCAUUGGUCAAGAUAUUACAGAGCGUAUUGCCCAGGAACAAGAGUACACGCGUUUGAUCGACACUGCCAACGCGCCGAUCUUUGGUGUCGAUAUCAACGGACGUGUGAACAUCUGGAAUCGCAAGGCUGCCGACAUUAUGCAGUACACCAACGAAGAUGUACUGGGCAAAGAUCUUGUCGUUGAGUUCAUCUCGAAGGAGUAUAAAGUGCUUGUACGCAGCGUGCUUGAGAAGGCGUUCGAAGGGGUAGAAACCGCAAACUUUGAGUUCCCAUUGAUCACGAAGGCUGGUCGACGCGUGGAGAUCCUGCUGAAUGCGACGCCUCGCUACAAUGAACGCGGCGAGGUGAUGGGUAUGGUUGGCAUUGGCCAGGAUAUCACAGAACGCAUCGCACAAGAGCAGGAGUAUAGUCGACUGAUCGACACUGCUAACGCACCGAUCUUUGGUGUCGAUAUCAACGGACGGGUGGACAUCUGGAACCGGAAGGCUGCUGAUAUUAUGCAGUACACGAAUGAGGACGUGCUAGACAAGGACCUGGUAGCCGAGUUCAUCUCCGAGGAGUACAAAGUGCCCGUGCGGCGUGUGUUGGAGAAGGCGUUCAAAGGAGUGGAGACCGCAAACUUCGAGUUCCCAUUGAUCACGAAGGCUGGUCGACGUGUGGAGAUCCUGCUGAAUGCGACGCCUCGCUACAACGAACGCGGCGAGGUGAUGGGUAUGGUUGGCAUUGGUCAAGAUAUUACAGAGCGCAUCGCUCAAGAGCAAGAGUACAGCCGUCUGAUUGACACCGCCAACGCGCCGAUCUUUGGUGUGGACAUCAAUGGACGUGUAAACAUUUGGAAUCGGAAGGCUGCCGAUAUUAUGCAAUAUACAAAUGAGGACGUGCUAGGCAAGGACCUGGUUGCCGAGUUCAUUUCGAAUGAGUACAAGGUACCUGUGCGUAGUGUGCUGGAGAAAGCGUUCGAAGGUGUCGAGACGGCAAAUUUUGAGUUUCCAUUGAUCACAAAGGCUGGACGUCGUGUAGAGAUCUUACUGAAUGCGACGCCUCGCUACAACGAACGCGGCGAGGUCAUGGGUAUGGUUGGCAUUGGUCAAGAUAUUACAGAGCGUAUUGCCCAGGAACAAGAGUACACGCGUUUGAUCGACACUGCCAACGCGCCGAUCUUUGGUGUCGAUAUCAACGGACGGGUGAAUAUCUGGAAUCGCAAGGCUGCCGACAUUAUGCAGUACACCAACGAAGAUGUACUGGGCAAAGAUCUUGUCGUUGAGUUCAUCUCGAAGGAGUAUAAAGCGCUUGUACGCAGCGUGCUUGAGAAGGCGUUCGAAGGGGUAGAAACCGCAAACUUUGAGUUCCCAUUGAUCACGAAGGCUGGUCGACGCGUGGAGAUCCUGCUGAAUGCGACGCCUCGCUACAAUGAACGCGGCGAGGUGAUGGGUAUGGUUGGCAUCGGUCAAGAUAUUACAGAGCGCAUCGCUCAAGAGCAAGAGUACAGCCGUCUGAUUGACACAGCCAACGCGCCGAUCUUUGGCGUGGACAUUAAUGGACGUGUGAACAUCUGGAACCGCAAGGCUGCUGAUAUUAUGCAGUAUACGAAUGAAGACGUGCUAGACAAGGACCUAGUUGCCGAGUUUAUCUCGGAGGAAUACAAGGUGCCUGUGCGCAGCGUUCUUGAGAAAGCGUUCGAAGGUGUAGAGACGGCGAAUUUCGAGUUCCCAUUGAUCACGAAGGCUGGUCGACGUGUGGAGAUCCUGCUGAAUGCGACGCCUCGCUACAACGAACGCGGCGAGGUCAUGGGUAUGGUUGGCAUUGGUCAAGAUAUUACAGAGCGUAUUGCCCAGGAACAAGAGUACACGCGUUUGAUCGACACUGCCAACGCGCCGAUCUUUGGUGUCGAUAUCAACGGACGUGUGAAUAUCUGGAAUCGCAAGGCUGCCGACAUUAUGCAGUACACCAACGAAGAUGUACUGGGCAAAGAUCUUGUCGUUGAGUUCAUCUCGAAGGAGUAUAAAGUGCUUGUACGCAGCGUGCUUGAGAAGGCGUUCGAAGGGGUAGAAACCGCGAACUUUGAGUUCCCAUUAAUCACGAAGGCUGGUCGACGCGUGGAGAUCCUGCUGAAUGCGACGCCUCGCUACAAUGAACGCGGUGAGGUGAUGGGUAUGGUUGGCAUCGGUCAAGAUAUUACAGAGCGCAUCGCACAAGAGCAGGAGUAUAGUCGACUGAUCGACACUGCUAACGCACCGAUCUUUGGUGUCGAUAUCAACGGACGGGUGGACAUCUGGAACCGGAAGGCUGCUCAUAUUAUGCAGUACACGAAUGAGGAUGUGCUAGACAAGGACCUGGUAGCCGAGUUCAUCUCUGAGGAGUACAAGGUACCUGUGCGUAGUGUGUUGGAGAAGGCAUUUCAAGGUGUGGAGACGGCAAAUUUUGAGUUUCCAUUGAUCACAAAGGCUGGACGUCGUGUAGAGAUCUUACUGAACGCGACGCCGCGCUACAACGAGCAUGGCAAAGUCAUUGGUAUGGUUGGUAUUGGUCAAGAUAUCACGGAUCGUAUUGCUCAAGAACAGGAGUAUACUCGUCUGAUCGACACUGCCAACGCGCCGAUCUUUGGUGUGGACAUCAACGGACGUGUGAACAUCUGGAAUCGGAAGGCUGCUGACAUUAUGCAGUAUACGAAUGAAGACGUGCUAGACAAGGACCUGGUUGCCGAGUUCAUUUCGAAUGAGUACAAGGUACCUGUGCGUAGUGUGCUGGAGAAAGCGUUCGAAGGUGUCGAGACGGCCAACUUUGAGUUCCCAUUGAUCACAAAGGCUGGACGUCGUGUAGAGAUCUUGCUGAAUGCCACACCUCGUUACAAUGAACGUGGCGAAGUUAUGGGUAUGGUUGGUAUUGGUCAGGAUAUAACGGAGCGCAUCGCUCAAGAGCAAGAGUACAGCCGUCUGAUUGACACGGCCAACGCGCCGAUCUUUGGCGUGGACAUUAAUGGACGUGUGAACAUCUGGAACCGCAAGGCUGCUGAUAUUAUGCAGUAUACGAAUGAAGAUGUGCUGGGCAAAGAUCUUGUCGUUGAGUUCAUCUCGAAGGAGUAUAAAGCGCUUGUACGCAGCGUGCUUGAGAAGGCGUUCGAAGGGGUAGAAACCGCAAACUUUGAGUUCCCAUUGAUCACGAAGGCUGGUCGACGCGUGGAGAUCCUGCUGAAUGCGACGCCUCGCUACAAUGAACGCGGCGAGGUGAUGGGUAUGGUUGGCAUCGGUCAAGAUAUUACAGAGCGCAUCGCACAAGAGCAGGAGUAUAGUCGACUGAUCGACACUGCUAACGCACCGAUCUUUGGUGUCGAUAUCAACGGACGGGUGGACAUCUGGAACCGGAAGGCUGCUCAUAUUAUGCAGUAUACGAAUGAAGAUGUGCUGGGCAAAGACUUGGUUGCCGAGUUCAUUUCGAAUGAGUACAAGGUACCUGUGCGUAGUGUGCUGGAGAAAGCGUUCGAAGGUGUCGAGACGGCGAAUUUCGAGUUCCCAUUGAUCACGAAGGCUGGUCGACGUGUGGAGAUCCUGCUGAAUGCGACGCCUCGCUACAACGAACGCGGCGAGGUCAUGGGUAUGGUUGGCAUUGGUCAAGAUAUUACAGAGCGUAUUGCCCAGGAACAAGAGUACACGCGUUUGAUCGACACUGCCAACGCGCCGAUCUUUGGUGUCGAUAUCAACGGACGGGUGAAUAUCUGGAAUCGCAAGGCUGCUGACAUCAUGCAAUACACCAAUGAAGAUGUGCUGGGCAAAGAUCUUGUCGUUGAGUUCAUCUCGAAGGAGUAUAAAGUGCUUGUACGUAGCGUGCUUGAGAGGGCGUUCGAAGGGGUAGAAACCGCCAAUUUUGAAUUUCCAUUGAUCACAAAAACUGGCCGUCGCGUGGAGAUCUUGCUGAAUGCGACGUCUCGCUAUAAUGAGCAGGGAGAGGUGAUGGGUAUGGUUGGCAUCGGUCAAGAUAUUACAGAGCGCAUCGCACAAGAGCAGGAGUAUAGUCGACUGAUCGACACUGCUAACGCACCGAUCUUUGGUGUCGAUAUCAACGGACGGGUGGACAUCUGGAACCGGAAGGCUGCUGACAUCAUGCAGUACACGAAUGAGGACGUGCUAGACAAGGACCUGGUAGCCGAGUUCAUUUCGAAUGAGUACAAGGUACCUGUGCGUAGUGUGCUUGGAGAAAGCGUUUGA